AUGUUGGCAUAUAACGAGUUAUUAGAAUUAGAAGUAGAAAAGCGAGAGAUAUUUUUACUAGAAUACUUAUCUAAUGUGUUAGAACCGUCAGAACCACUGAGGUAUCUACUUGUACCGCAAUUAAGCAGAGAUAUAAGCGGAAGUAACUACUUAGAUUGCUUAGAGGUAGCUAAAAGUAUCGUAAACACCUGGGAUCUCUCCAGUAAAGCUUUAUUUGUUAAUUCACAUCCCCGUAUCGGACAGGUCUCGGGUUUAAGCAAGUUGAGUAGAGAGGAGCAAGCCUCUAAGCGAACACCAGAAGAUGUACUUAUAAAACUAGAUGAACUCAAUAGAGCAUACGAGGAGAAAUACCCUAAACAGAGAUUUAUCACAUUUGUCAAUGGGCGUACAAGAGCUGAAAUAAUACCAGAGAUUGAGUCUAUAUUAUCACAAUCAGAUGGUGUACAAGAAUUUGGGAGCAGCAACUGGCUAAGAGAAUUGGAUAGAAACAUUAAUGCUAUAUUCUUAAUAGCAAUAUCUAGAACUUAA